AUGAACGCGGCCAGCAUGUUCACGUAUGCCUUUCAUCGCGCCGAGCUCGUCGGUGCCUUUUUCAACGGCGUUUUCCUUUUGGCCCUGGCACUGUCCAUAUUCCUUCAGUCCAUCGAACGCUUCGUUCAUGUGGAAGAAGUCAGCACCCCAAAACUCAUUCUCAUUAUUGGGUGCAUCGGGCUAGGACUGAAUGUCGUGAGCGCAAUUGUCAUUCAUGAUCACCACGGACAUGCGCAUAACCCGACCUUCCAAGCGGAAUCUUUGGAAAACGAGGUCAAUUCUCAGCGAGAUAUUAUUCAUGCACAGCACAACCAUAGAAUAGACCCUCCCGUCAGUGCACCGCAGCAUAAUCUCGGCCUAGUUGGAGUAUUGCUUCACCUCUUCGGCGACGCUGUUAAUAACGUUGGCGUAAUAAUCGCUGCCAUAAUCCUGAUGCAGCUCAGCUCCCCAAAACGUUUUUAUGCCGACCCAGCUGUAUCUCUGGCCAUAAGCCUCAUAAUUUUCGGGAGUUCUAUACCGAUGACGCUGAAGUCAGGUAGGAUCCUCUUGGAAGCUUCUCCUAUUCAUCUCGAUCUUUCCAAGGUGAAAGAGGACCUCCUCUCGGGCAUACGUGCACCCCAGAUACCCGAUGUCCUUUCCGUGCACGAUCUCCAUGUCUGGCAUUUGUCCCAAUCAGUUAUUCUGGGCUCUCUGCACGUCUGCGUUCCGCUCGGAACUUCCCUUGAACAAUGGGAGAGAACAGAGCGCUACCUCCAGCAUUGUUUCGAGGAAUAUGGGAUCAAGCACGUCACAAUUUCGCCGGAAAUACAUAGGGACUUCCAGACCCUGACAGAGUCCUCGGAGGAGCUCGCGGGUGGAUGCAGGUUGCCCUCGCAUGACGACUUUGGAUGCGCUGUGAGUGGCGGCGACCUGAAGAAACGCAGCGUCACGCGUACGACCAUAAUUGAUGCUGCUUGA